CUGCUGCGCAGACGUUCCACCGCUGUGUGAGGCCUGUGUCCUCACAAAAAAGGCUACGGAGAGCCGACGUGAGCCGGAGAAGGGAGGGUGCUCGUCCUGGUUCUGUCCUAGGAACGGCGUACAGUAGUAGCCCUUUUCCGGAAGGAAAAGAUUACUGGAGACAACUGCUCCGUCAUGCCCCAUUUUCCUUUUGGCUCUCUUCGAAAGCGCUGAGGAAAGGUGGACUGGCCUUGAUAGAGCGCCUCUUACUCGUGUGAAUGCGACGUUAGGAGUCCUAGUAUAGAAAACGAAUAUAUAAACACAGAGCCCAAAUCAGAACCGGAGCUGACUAAACUGGACUUUAAAGAGAGAGCUCCAUCUCGUGCCAUAGUGCUGUAUCUGAUUUUAGCUAUCGUUUCUAUUCGUCCGUUCUCGGGUUUUCGUGAUGGCUGCUCCGGUACCAGGAACGGCUGGUCCGAAAAGCUGGAAGAGAAGUUGUUACCGCUGGCAUGGAUGCAAUGUUGAGCACCUGAGAACUUGGCGGAGAGAGAAAGAAGCAGUUUUAUUACAGCUCUGAGAAGUGCUCGGAGGCUAAAACAGUUGUUCAGUAAGCGGCGUUUAUGUGAAGACAAGUCAUCAGAUGGAGAAGUUGAAAUGGAUGGUCAGACAGCAGCUCUUUUAUCAGAGGAAGAGGUUUCACAGCUUUUAAAAAAAAUCCAGAGAGGAACAGAAGACAGAACAACCUCUAUGCAACUUCUUCGACAAGGCCUACAAUAUAGAGAAAUCCAGCAGAAAUUUAUCAGGUUAGAGGGAAAUAUGUCUGUGCUGAUUGGCCUAUUUACCAGCAAACUAGCCAAUCUGCAGAUGGAUGCAGCUUGCUGUUUACACGAACUUUCACUAUCUACUGAUCCUGCUGUGGUCGAAGCAUGCUUGCCAGCAACCUCUUAUCUCCUGACUUACCUCUCUGGACACAGUGUAGCUCUCAUGGAGCUGUGUUUAUACACAUUAGGGAAUUUAGUAGUUGAGAUGAAAACUGUGAAGAAACACCUUCUACCUCAGGGCAUCAUCCCAGUGUUGGCAUCCUGUAUCCAGUCUCCUCAUGUGACGAUACAAGAAGGUGUUGGCUAUGUUCUGUCACAACUCUUGCAAUCCAAGGAAGCUGCAACUGAAAUCAUACCGUUGCUCUUAGAAACCACCCUGCCUCAAUGCAUGCUUCACUUGGUUUGUUCCAGGCUGGAAGAUGGAAUAGGAACUGCAGUGGAAUGUGCAUGGGGUCUUCACUACAUUAUUUGCAGCCAAGUGAAUAAUUCAUUGCUGAUUUCCCAAAGGACGGUGCCAUCCCUAGUGCAACUAUUGCUGGAAUUGUCCUGCCUGAUAGCAACAACUUCUGUUGAGGGUCUAGAAUUGUUGAUAUGCCCUGUUGUACGGUGUGUUGGCAAUCUUCUUGCGGAAGAUAAAGCAAAUAAUGAUGAACUGCUAAUAAAGGAAGAGUGCCUUCUGAAGGCCUUGUUUGUCUUUAUGCAGUAUUUCCUGCCCAAACACUCCUUUGUUGUAAGCGAAUGUUUGUGGCUCUUGAACAACCUCACUGUCCACAGCACCACAUCUUGUUCUGUUCUGCUAAGCCUUGAAGUCUUUUCUGAUCUGUUGAAGCUGUUACGUUCUUAUCAGGUGAUCAGCUUGCUGGUUCUAACAGUGUUAUGCAAUAUAGCUGCCAAGGGUGCUGCCUACUGUGAAAUGCUGCAUCAAAAAGCUGUGCUUCCUUCUCUUGUAAAUAUCCUUAUUGUUUCUGAUGUCCAAGUAGUAGGCGAAGUUCUAGAACUAUUGCAUCUGAUCUUCCUUUACUGGCCAAAGGCUGCCAUUGACUUUGUAAAUCAUUCUGGACUACAUGCCUUACAGCAGCAUCAAAAUAACCUACAUUUGCAAGAACAAAUCAAAGUGCUAAUUCAAACUGCUAGCCAGAUAACUGCUGUCCCUCAAAAUAAUCCUCUUGAAAUUGAAAAUCUUGAUUCUACUUCCUUACAAACUUGAAGCAAUGACAUAUAUUAAUUUGUUGCCAACAAAUUUUAAAGAAUACCUUUUGAAUACCAGUGUACUACUAAAUCUCUCAAGUCUUAUGUUUGUUUGUAACCUUCAGUUAAGCAAAAUGUUGAUCAUAGAACAUAUUUAGAAUCAAUUUACCUCAAAUGGGUUAACUUACAGAAUGCAUCCCUAUGCUUGUGUUCUCUUUCUCUCUCACACACAUAUCCACCAGCACCUUUCCUUUCUGUUUGUGCUCACGUGCAUCUUUCAUUUCUUUUCCCUUCAGCUGAAAAAUGAUAAAGCAUUGUUAAAAAAGUAUAUGUAUUAAGGCAUUCCAGGAAUUCUGUAACAAUUAGCACAAUUAAUAGAAAUGUUUUAAAUAAGCAAGAUACUCAUUUGUAGUUAUUUGUAAGAACAAGAUUUCCAUUUGGAUUUAAACUUUAAGCAUAAUGAAUGUAGUUUUAAAUAUGUCAUUAAUAUUUUGCCAAAGUCAUGCAUUCUAAUUUGCAAAUGUAAUAUAUAUUUUUCUUUAAAUCGGUUAUUAUAUAUGUGCUUCUAAUAUUUAUUUGGUUGAGUGAUAGAAGACAGCAAAAAUGGACCAAGUUUAAAAUAGACUGGAUAUAUCUGGUGAAUGUGGAAAAAAACUUCCCAGGGAAAAAAAAAUCCACCAAUACAUCAUUUUGGGAGAGUCAAUUGGACAGCAAUUUAAUAAAUAAAUUCAAAAGCUGCUGAACUAAACUCCCCUUCUUUCCAUGAUGUGAUCCAAACUGGAGUGAAAGUUAUUCACCAUGUGCUUCCUAGUGCGCGUGCACGUGCAUACGCACACACAUGAAGGGAAAUGUAAAAUCAGAAGAAUGAACACAAAUUCUUAUGGACACUGCUGUUACAGUGGUUUAAUGAUCUGGUAUUAGGGGAUUUAGUGACGAUACCGGUGUCAUGGACAGAUCAUUUUCCCCUCCGCCUAGACUUUCAGACCGCCCCUCACCACCGCAGGGAGACGGAACCAAUGCGUUGGUUCCGUCCCAGGCGCCUGAUGGACCCAGAGAGGUUCCUGACGGAGCUUGGGCCGUUUCCUGAGGAUCUUGCCCACGGCAUGACUGAAGAACUAGUCGCGGCCUGGGAACAGGCUGCGGCUGGGGCUUUGGACCGUGUCGUGCCUUUGCGGCCUCUGACCCGGCGUAGAUCUCAAUUGGCUCCUUGGUUCUCUGAGGAGCUGAGAGAGAUGAAACACCGGAGAAGACGCCUAGAGAGUACCUGGAGGUCCAGCUGUUCUGAAGCUGAUCGGACACUAGUUAGGUCUUUUUCGAAAGCCUACCUAGUGGCACUGAGGGUUGCGAAACGUUCCUACGUUUCCACCCUCAUUGCGUCGGCAGAUAACCGCCUGGCCGCCCUGUUUCGGGUGACCUGUUCCCUUCUACACCAGGGGGGACGGGAUAACCUCUUGCAGGGACGUGCUGAGGAGUUUAGUGGUUAUCUAUACGAUAAAAUCGCUCAGCUUCGGGAUAGUUUGGACCAAGAUUGUGAUGAUCCGGAUGAGAUGACUGAGACACGUCUUGUUGAUGUUGUUUGGAUGAGUUUGAUUCUGUGGCUCCCGAGGACAUGGACAGGCUGCUGGGGAGGUUACAUGCCACUACAUGUUUACUGGACCCGUGUCCCUCUUGGCUGGUGCUGGCCACUCAGGAGGUGACAGAGGCUGGCU